CACAAUUCGCAUCGCAUACAUACUCAAAGUCGAGCCAUUCCUUUAACUUUUUCCGUUUAUACUUCUUCUUUACUUUCUGAUAUCAGCAUAUAUGGCAGCAAAGCUAAUAUCCACCGGUUUUCGGCACACUACUUUGCCGGAUAACUAUGUUCGGCCACUCUCCGACCGUCCAUGUCUCUCCGACGUCUCUCCACUUGAAGAUUUCCCUCUCAUCGACUUAUCUUCCAUAGAUCGAUCCCGGCUAGUCCAACAAAUCCGCCAAGCUUGCUCCCGAUUCGGAUUUUUCCAGGUCAUAAAUCACAGAGUUAGCAAAGAUACAAUAGAUGGAAUGGUGAGGGUUGCGAACGAGUUCUUUAGCAUGUCUAUGGAGGAAAAAAUGAAGUUGUAUUCGGACGAUCCAACGAAGACGACAAGAUUAUCAACGAGCUUUAAUGUGAAAAAAGAAGAGGUCAACAAUUGGAGAGACUAUCUUAGACUCCAUUGUUAUCCUAUCAGCAAGUAUGUCCAUGAGUGGCCUUCAAACCCUCCUUCUUUCAAGGAAAUUGUGAGUAGAUACAGUACAGAAGUAAGAGAACUGGGGUUUACAAUAGAGGAACUGAUAUCAGAGAGCCUGGGUUUAGAAAAAGACCACAUGAGAAAAGUGCUUGGUGAACAAGGUCAACACAUGGCAGUCAACUAUUACCCUCCAUGUCCUGAGCCUGAGCUCACUUAUGGUUUACCUGCCCAUACCGACCCAAAUGCCCUCACCAUUCUUCUUCAAGAUGCUACCGUUUGUGGUCUCCAGAUCUUGAUCGACGGUCAGUGGUUCGCCGUUAAUCCUCGUCCUGGUGCUUUUGUCAUUAACAUUGGUGACCAGUUCCAGGCAUUGAGUAACGGAGUAUACAAAAGUGUUUGGCAUCGAGCAGUAACAAACACUGAAAAGCCGAGACUAUCGGUGGCCUCAUUUCUAUGCCCAGCUGACUGUGCUGUCAUUAGUCCGCCAAAGCCCUUGUGGGAAACCGAGGAGGGCGAGGCUAAGCCAAUCUACAGAGACUACACUUACGCAGAGUACUACAAGAAGUUUUGGAGUAGGGAUCUGGACCAACAUUGCCUUGAGAACUUUCUAAACCACUAGAUACUAUACGAUAUCAUAAGUCCGGCAAAGCCCUUGUGGCAAACCGAGGAGGACGAGGCGAAACCAAUUUAUACGCAGAGGACUACAAGAAGUUUUGAAGUAGGGAUCUGGACCAACAUUCCCUUGAGAACUUUCUAAACCACUAGGGUUUCAAAUAAGCAGCUCUUCCUCAGUUACUGUGAGUCUCCUCUUCUCAUAGACAAUCUCCCCUGUUUUUCAAUGUAUGGUUUCUUGAAUGGAGAAGAGAAGUGGGACGAAAUGUUGGAUGCUAUUUUCGAGGAACCUAGAGAUCGUUUGAGAUGAUUCUCCUGAAUACUGGUCAUGGAUAUCGAUUCCAAACUCUAGGUUUAAGGAAGUUCUAAUGGUAUGUUGGUUUGAGAUCCGAGGCAACAUAAGCACGUCAGUGCUCUUCCAAGCACAGUUUAUGGAGAUUACCUUGUUUUAAAAGGAGCAUUUGGAUUUAGGUCCCGGCCAUUAGAGACGAAGUUCGGGUCUACAAGAACCGGGCCUUUAUCCGUUUUAUCAGGCUCAAAUAAUAUCUUCUCUUCUCUCUAGUUGUAGGCUCAUCUUCUUGUAACUUAAAGAGAAGCCCAAUGCAGUUUUAACGAAGACAACAGACAUAUCCGUUGAUUAUUGUACUGCUACUGCUUGUUUUUAUUUACUACUGAUUGUUAAGCAUAAAGCAUUGAUCACAGUUUAUAUUAUUACGAUUUUUA